CCAUCAAUAUACAUAUUAGAUCUGACUCUCUUAGGAUAUAAAGGUCUGGACACAAAAUUCUCAUCCAUUAUCUUUCAAACAGGAGAAGACACCAGACAUGGCACAUCUUUUCUUGGUUCUCUUGUAUCUUUGCAGCAUGUUCAGCUCACAAUUUGCUGCCUAUGGUAGUGUGAUUAACAGGCAGAAUGACAGGCGCAAUCUGUUUGCAGAGAGAGGCUGCUGUAAAAGACAAAGCAAUUUUGUUUAUAUUGGACAAGAUAUUUCUGGUAGUCCAGUAAGUGUGGAUGUUGGCCUCUGCAGGUCUCAUUGUGGAGUUCCCCAAAGAAUAAAUUCGUACAAUCAGGCGUUGCCUGCACUUGCAAAGCAUUCGUCCAUGUUGGAUAUCCUGAAAAACAAAAAGCUGCGUGAAAGGGUUCCAGACCCACAUCCUUCUGGAUCAGAACCUUCUUGUCCCCAGGAGUCCUCUUGUCAACCCACCAAAGUUGGGAUUGAAAGAGUCCUGUUAUUCCAGGGAAUCCAAGAAGUGGAGGUGAUAGAGGACUGCCAGUGCAGCCUAAUUCCACAAGAUUGCAUCAGAAUGCCAUUUCUGAAGACAUUUUUUCCAGACACUCCCUUUGAAUCAACAGUGGAUGUUGGAAAGUGCUCUAGCCCUAAAACUAACACAGGUGUCCUCUGUUCCCCAACUAAAUUUGACUCUGUGGUGGUUGAAAGACCAAAUGGAGCAGAGAUUGUGCAGACUGUGGAAAACUGUGAAAUGAAGGAGAACUGUUACCGAAUCAGCUACAUGGAGUUUUACUAUGAAGUGGUGCACAACUCUAAUGGCAUCAAAGAGGAGAGACUAAAGGAAAUUGAUGUAGGAAGGUGCAUAGGAGGCUGUUCAUCAGGAAGCCAUUGUCUACUCAGGGAUUCACGCAACAGAGAUCAUUGUAUAGUCUGGGCACAAGGCUCAGGCAACGGAUGUGUCCCUCAAGAUUACGAGACACACACAUUCAGGAGCAGGAAUGGACACAUACGUUCUGUGUUUUCGAUCAAAGCUUGCAAGUGCCAAAUGUAGAGAGACAUCUUGUCAUUUUUCAACUAGGAUUUUCUAUCUACUGAAAAAUAUGGAAUUAGUUUUAAAUUAAACUGGUUACCUUAAGCACUGUCAUCAAUGGUACUGAGCUGCUGAUUCUCGGCUACUUUUUGGUGUAUGAAGAAAAGGGCACUUUAAUAUCCUUAAAAAUGUGCCUGCAGGUCUGGCACAAGGAUUAAAAUAACCCUACAUAAUGGACAUGGCCUGAAAAAGUUAGCUUAACUUAGUUAGCUUAAGUGGCCAAAAGUGGCCUUACGGUUAUGUUUUGAAGAUCAAAGGCUAUCCUGUUUGAGGAUAUAUUUUUUAUUGUCAAGCAACCAUAAGUUCCUGUAGAAGUUCCAGAGUUUAAAAAGAACAAAGAAACUGUAUCAUUUGGACAUAAACACAUGGGCAUGAAAUUACAAAUCACAAAUAUAUUGAACCUGGAAGUUUGUAUUUGACUGAAAAUGAAAUCCCUGUACAAUACCAUUUUAAAUGAGCACAAGCAUCAAACAGCAUCAUCUGAGAAUUUCUAGGAUUUCCAGUUCUACAAGGACCCAGGCACAAGUGGCAUUCUAAAGCAAACUUUCCCAUCUUUUUGAUUUGAUUUAUUUUGCUUGGAUAGUAUGAUACAGCAAAACAACGUUUUUGAAAAAGUGCUAGGAUUCAGAUGAAUCCCAAAGGAUAUUGCAUCCCAUUUAAAAAAUAUAUAUAUAUUUUUCUAAUGUCUUUUGUAUAAAGCUGUAAAAUAGAAAUAUAUACUGUAAAAACAAUUAGUUGUACAUUUGUAUACAAUUGUAUAAAAGAUUUGUAUAUACAGGCGCCAAGAGAAAUGUUUUCAUUUAAUUCCAAUAUUUAUAUAGAUAGCUGAAUACAAUAUAAAAUCAUGUAAAUAAGAUGUAUGUUUUCUGUUAAGAUUUUUGCAAAUAAACUGUCACUCACAGUUA